AUGAAUGCUACCUGGGUUGACGAUAGCGAUGAUGACGUUUACGUCCGCUCCCGACACCGACGCCAACGCCAACGACUACGCUCAGCAAGCGUGGCGUCGACUUCAACAAUCCUCCCCUCUACGGCCGACGAAGACGACGACUUCUGUGAAAUCAUUGAAGAAGAUGACGCAGAAGCAGAUGUCUUGUUCGCAUCUGAAGUCAUUGACCUGACAGAGGACGAAUCACAAAGGCUAAUUCUGCCCCAUCGCCCGAAUGAAACAGAGCUUGACUCUAUAGUAGCUCCUUGUGGGCUUACUAUCAAGCCGACAAACUGCAUUCAGAUAAGCGAUACCUACUUGGGAGAGUUGAAGAUCAACUUCUUACAAGUCACGACAAUAAUUCGCGAUUACGAUGGUGCAACGUUCAUUCGAGGCAUACCUUUUACAAGGGUCCGUCACUUGAACGGGAAACUAAGAGACCGACUGAAUGAGGUCUGCAUGGUGCUUCACCAACACAGACAGCCCGGUCAAAAGCCUGAUUCCCCGGUGUUGGUCGACGUCGAACCCCAGCGUGUCAUUCGUUGGCGAACGCUCAUCGUAACGAAUGCACCGUUCCCAGCGCACGCCGUCGACAUCAAUCGAUACGCCCGCUCUCGCUCCCUAGAACAAAAGAGGAUAGCGGCUGAGAAAUCUGCACACAUUGUCUGCCGAUGGAGUAUAACAAUCACCUACUCAAUUACAGCGACAAACAGAAAUAAAGCAGAAGAGGAACUACUAGAGCACCUUCGGAGCGAUGACCUACUCGAUGCGAAAUACCGCGUAUCAGACAAAGAAGUCUCGGAACUGUGGCGAGGGCCGCGACAACGCGGAGGGGGGUGGAAAACGAUGGCAGAAUCGCUCAAAUCUCUAGAUAUACCGAUUUCGAGGUGUCCUAGUCAGACAUACACGCUUUUCGACUCUUUUUCCGGAGCGGGCGGCGUGUCUCGCGGUGCCCAAGACGCCGGAUUCAAAUUAUACGAAUGUGAUACUAAGAAGUACGCAGAUAAGAAGCAGCGAAGACCAGUCGACAUACUCCAUUUAUCUCCUCCAUGUCAGGUUUGGUCACCUGCGCAUACACAUGAUGGACCAAACGAUGUCGCCAACACUGAGGCUCUUUACACCUGUCGGAAUCUAAUCAACCAAUGUCGUCCUCGAAUUAUUACACUGGAGCAGACGUUUGGCAUAACACAUGCCAAGCAUAUCAAUCACUUCUGGGCACUGAUCCGCGACUUUACUGAUCUGGGCUACUCUGAUCGAAAGCGUCUGAUCAUGAUUGCCUCGGCGCCUGGCGAGCAAUCGCCGCCAUUCCCAGCUCCCACGCAUUCCGAGUUUGGCGGAAACGGUACUAAGCCGUUCAACACGGUUGCCAGCACUCUUGCGCGGGUGCGCAUGGGCGACAAUCUCCAUAACCCCGAAGCUGUGCAGACGUUUCAUCCCCCGCGUCCAUCGUGGGAUGCAAAUACUCUUGGCCGCACCAUCACAACCGGUGGCGCCAACUCGUACCACCCUAGUGGGCGUCGUGACUUUACGUUGCGGGAGCUUGCCUGCCUGCAAGGCUUCCCGAAGUCACACAGAUUCGUGGGCACCUUGACCAAAAUUCGGCGGCAGAUCGGAAAUGCGUUUCCGCCAAACACAGUGUAUGUACUGUACAAGCACUUGCAUGAUUGGCUCUUAAAAGAAGACAAUAUCGACAGCUACAUACCCGAAGACAAUACAAUGGUUAUCGACGACGACGAGUCUGAUAUUUCCGGGUCGGAGAGUGUGAUUUUUGGCGAGGCACGAGUUUCCCCAGCUAUGGAUGAUGUCUUUAUGGGUCAGUCCGACGAUGAGGCAGAGCAAAAUUGCUUGAUCUUUCUGCGCAAUCGGUUUUUCUUCUCAAUCAAACUGUGGCUAUUGGUGACCCUCGAGGGCCAAGCGAGGCCGACCGAGGGCCGAUGCACAGUCCGACGCAACGCUACACAAUAUAUUGCAGCAAUCCACAUAUGCAAUCGCGACGCUGUUGACUAA